UUCCAUCGCCUAUCCGUCCCUCUCCCCUCCCCCACCUCUUGAUCUCUUUCCUCCUACCUUCCUUUCAAAAACUGUCUUUUUUUUUUCUCUCUCACCUUUUCCUCCACCACUUCGAGCUUCCUCACCUCCCCUUCCUUUUUUAUUUCGCAUUUUCCCACUUCGAUUCCCUCCACCAGCCUUGUGUACUUAUCUUUCCCUUUCUCUUGUAUGUGCUCAGUGUAGAUUGUAGAGAAGGGAAGGGGGGGAAGAGGAGAUAUAGGAUAUGGGCAAGUAUAUGAGGAAGGCUAAGGUCUCCGGUGAGGUGGCAGUCAUGGAGGUCUCCCACCAAUCCUCCGUCGGCGUCCGCACCCGCGCCCGAACCCUCGCCGCCGCCGCAGCCGCCGCUGCGCAGGACUCCUCCCGCGCCUACCUCGAACUCCGGAGCCGCCGGCUCGAGAAGCCCCUCCCGCCCCCUUCGGCCUGCAAGCCGUGCAAGGACACCUCCAAGCCCAAGCCUAACCCUAGCUCCAAGACAGACUCUAGAUUUAGCUCGCAGAAGUCUGGCCCCAAUCGGAGAUCGAAUUCGGGAUCGGUGGAGUCCGUCUCGACCAGGAGAUGUUCGGCGGCGCUGGAAGCGGAGUUGCCGCCGGAUGCGGAGGUCUCGUUUGGGGAGAAUAUUCUCGAGGCUGAUUCGAGGGACAGGUGGGUUUUGCUCGAAUAUGUAGGGUGUUCCAGAGAGAACACCCCUUGCAGUCUGAUCAGGAAUCCAGAAGCGAUAAGGACUCCAAGUUCUACAAACAGGCCUUCCAAUUCUACAACCACUAACCGGAGGAUGCAAAUUGUUCAUCAGAAUAUUCCUAGUGCUCAUGAGAUGGAUGAGUUUUUUGCCGGCGCAGAGCAACUCCAGCAACGAAUAUUUAUCGAAAGGUACAACUUCGAUCCUGUAAAUGACCGCCCGCUUCCUGGUCGGUAUGAAUGGGUGAAAGUUGACUUCUAGAUGGCAGAUCUCUAGCUGGGCGUGGACCUUCUUUCCCUGCAUGUUCUCCGACGAUCUCUGCCCAGAAUUUUCAAAGGGGGGCAGGGCUGCAAUGCAAUGUUGGUGGUUGCAAUGACAAGUUGUUCCCAAAGGUGUUAGUCUAGUGCUGUGUAACAUAUAGAGCUGAUGAGACAAUGGUAGAGAAAAGUGAACGUGGCAAGUUUAAGCUUCAUGUAACUUGUUUAACAGAUCACUCACUACAAAGGAUUAAAGGGGUCAAUCAUCUGCAAAUGUCACUGACUUUAGAGACUCAGCCUGGGAGUAUACAAUGCUGCACUUGAUUGGGUUGUCUUGGGUCAUUUAUCUAUGCUUCUUAUGGACCUAAAGGCCAAUGGUCUAGGCAGAUCUACUACAUCUUAGGAGGAUACUCUAUUUGCCUUUACCAUGAUGUCUAUCCUUUUAUCUUAUUAAUAAAUUUAGCUUUCCAUUGA